GCAGGAGCAGACAUAAUUUACUAUGAAUUGAGGGCUUCGAAGCCAAAAUAGGUACGCGAAUAAAUCAGCCAUUUAGCUGUCAGAAGUCAUACAAUCAGCUCAUAACGAUACGGUGUACGUAUAAUUUAUAAUAAAUACGUAUAAUUUAUAAUAAAGUAAUAUAGGUAGUUUGGGAACGCCAUCUGGGGUCCAUUCUCCAAAGAAGACCAGAAGAGACUGGAGAGGGUGCAGCGACGCGCGACCCGCCUGAUCACGGACCUCAGAGACCUGCCGUACCCUGACAGGCUUCGCCGCCUCGGCCUCCCAUCGCUGCACUACCGCCGUCGUCGUGGAGAUAUGGUGACCGUGUACCAGCUCUUCCACGGACUUCUGGAUGUGCCGCUUGAGUCACUGCUGACGAGACACGAAGCGCAAAACACGCGAGGCCACCAGUGGAAGCUGAGGAAGCCAAACGCCAAGCAUCUUUCUCGCAGGAACGCGUUCAGCGUCAGAAUCAUCAACGAUUGGAACGCCCUGCCAACAGACGUUGUCGCUGCUGAGUCGCUGUCGUCUUUCAAGGCGCGGCUGGACCGGCACUGGUCGAGCGUGAUGUUCGACAUCCCUACCCUGUACUAAGGACCAUAGCCUCUCCGAUUAUGCCUUUCACUCGAUACGAGCGGGACCCAUAGGCCGAGUGGCCUUAUAACCCGAUGACCAACUAAGGAUGGAUUCAAAGCCUUCAUCUCAAGCUCAUCAGGGCCAAGGAACUACACCCAACAAUGGAAGUCAACAGACUGCUUCCAAUCAAAAGGCAAAUCUGCACUGUGAGGUGUGCGCCAAGGACUUCAAUAGGACCAUCGAACUGAAUUCUCACUUGGCUGGAGCCAAACAUGCCAAGGCAGUGAAAUCGCGACAGAUCCUAUCUGAUCUGAAAGAGAAGAUCCCGGCGGCUACCGGAAUCAACAGCAUGUUCCGCUGCGCCCCGUGCGACAUCACGCUCAAUUCUUCACAACAGCUGGCCAUGCAUCUCAGCGGAAGCCGACACAAGAUGAACGAGAAGACCAAGCGGUGCGGCAGUGCCAUCGUGCUGGCUGACCGGCAGCCGGUAGCAGUUGGUGUCGGCGCGGGCAGCCAGCCGUCCGCUGCCGCGGGCCCGAUCGUGGCCACUUCUGCCAAAGCCGCUGCCGCCGCUCCCUCAGCCUCAGCCUCUGCUAUUGGAGCCACCCGCGCCGCUGGAGCCACAACCCCCGCUCCCUCAGCCUCAGCCCCCGCCGCUGGAGCCACAGCCCCCGCCGCUAGAGCUACAACCCCCGCCUCUGGAGCCACGGCCGUCUCUAGGACCACCCCCGCCGCUGGGACAGCUGGUACAGGCGCUGCAGCAAAACCGAAAACCGCCGCCGACAGCAAGCCCGCCAAGCCGCCGGUGCAGACCUUCAAGUGCGUCGCGUGCAAUGUGGACCUCAACUCGGAGAGCCAGCGCGACCAGCACAUGAACUCGAAGAAGCACGCCAACAAGAUUGCCGGCAACAAAGUGUCCCACAGUCGCGGCUUCGGGGAAGGGUUUCGCGGCCGGGGCACGCCGUACUCCACACGUGACAGGGGCGGCCGCGGCCGCGGCAGGGGCACUAGUGGCGGACCCGGCGGCGGCUUUACCAGCGGCGGUCUGCUCAAGAGUGCUGGGUACACCAGUGGUGGGUACAACAGCGGUGGGUACAACAGCGGUGGGUACACCAGCGGUGGCGCCGGUACCGCCAGUGCCAGUUUCGGUGCCAGCAGCCUCAAACUAGGCGGCGGCUACACGAACAGCGGCUUGACCGGCGGCAGUCUCAACAGCGUCAGCUUGAGCAGCGAUCUGAGCACCAGCAACAGCGGCUUCACCACCGGUGGCCUCUCCGGCGGCGGCCUGGCGCGGGGCAUCGGCCGCGGCCGGGCCAGCUGGCUCGGUAAGGGCGGGGGGACCGACUGGAUCGGUAACGGAGGCGGCUACACGCCGGCCAGCGGCGUCGACCCCGGCUACAGCGGUGCGGCGCUCGGCAGCUCCGGCGGCUACAGCGGCGCGGCGGCCGGCCACAGCGCCAGCGCGGCGGCCGGCUACAGCGCUAGCGCCGGCAACUACAGCGGCGCGGCGGCCGGCUACAGCGGCGCGGCGGCCGGCUACAGCGCCAGCGCCGGUCUCGAAAUGGGCGACCAGGGAGACUUUAACAUGCCAGAGGCCGGCCAGUUCAGUAACGCGACCUAUCACAACGCCAGCGGUGGAGGAGGGGGUGACUAUUCCUCUCCGGUCGGCCCCGUGUUCCGGGGGCGCGGCGGCCAGGCGCACGCGGCUCUGCCCUACAGCCGGCCGCCGCCGCCGCUGCCAACGCAGCCGCCGCCGCAGCAGCCGCCCCCUCCCCCGCCUGUCUUCCAGUGAAUGGAGAGGCGCCGCGGGCCGGACGGGUAGCGGACGGCAGGGCGGGCCGCUGUCGUCUUGCAGUGUACCCACAGUGGUGUUAUGCUGCCAACAUCGUCCCUGAUAUUGUCACAUUGGCUCUGUGGGUGUGGCAAUGUCAGAUUUUGUCACACGGGUGAGAUAUCUGUGUGACGGUAAGAUUUCUGAGCGACAGAUGCCGACCGGCGGAUAAGAUGGGUAUUAUUUGCUUCAGUUUGUUUCAAAUGCAGAUUUCCAUCUCAUUUGUUGGUUCAGAACACAAUGGGUAACCCGUUGAGCAUUGUAUGUCGUCACGAGGACAUCAAAACUUGCAUCCCAAGAUAGCGACUGAUGUGUGAAGUUGUCGCGAUGUCGUGUGAUCUACCAUCUGCCAUACAGUCCGGUCGCCGAGCUAUCCUGACUUGUCGUUCCGAGCCGAGGUGAUUAGUCCAUCAGGGUACAAUCGGAAGUCCCGCCAACCUGUGUUUUCCGACCCGGAAGCAGGUCUGUUCCAAUGCCGCGCGGAUGUUCCAUCUGGUGGUGCGUGACAAGUACGAGUAUGAUAGCAGUCGCAACCGCCGAGCAGGAUGUACAGCGUAGGUUAAUGGCAUUAUGUUCAGCCAGCCCCAUUGUCAUUUUCACUGUCAUCCUCUGGUUCAAUACAGAAUCGGAGCUAA